CAACACAAGUAUUAUUAUACAAUAAAAAAUUCCCCUCAUCAACUCACUCUCGUUUGCUUCCCCAAGAUAACAACCCCCGCGAGCGCGUUGCCCACAAUGCUCAAAGCCUCCCCCUCUCUCUGCUCCGCCGCCUCGCCUCUGCUCCUCAGCUACUCUGCCCCCUCUCUUUCCUGCCUCCCUUUUCUCUCCCUCUCUCGCUCCAAGCUUCCCUCAUUCUCUCUCUACAGGCCCCCGAUGAGCUGGUUGGGAAGGCUAGGGUUCGGCGCCAGAACCCCGGACGCCGCCGCCGCCGACUCGUCUUCCGUUGCUCAGGGCCCCGACGACGACGUUCCCGCGCCAGGACAGCAGUUCGCGCAGUUCGGCGGCGGGUGUUUCUGGGGCGUGGAGCUGGCGUUCCAGAGGGUGGCUGGGGUGAGCAAGACCGAGGUCGGCUACAGCCAGGGGUUCCUGGACAAUCCGACCUACAAUGAUGUGUGCUCGGGGACUUCGAACCACUCGGAGGUGGUGAGGGUGCAGUAUGAUCCGAAAGCGUGCAGUUACGAGAGUCUGCUUGAUGUGUUUUGGGCUAGGCAUGACCCCACCACGCUCAAUCGACAGGGGAAUGAUGUUGGGACACAAUACAGAUCUGGAAUAUACUUCUACAUUCCAGAGCAAGAGAAGGCGGCCAGGGAGUCCCUGGAGCAGCAACAGAAUCUCUUGAACAGGAAGAUUGUCACGGAGAUUCUGCCUGCAAAAAAGUUCUACCGAGCUGAAGAGUACCACCAGCAGUACCUUGCAAAUGGAGGUCGAUUUGGUUUUAAGCAGUCUGCUGAUAAAGGCUGCAGUGACCCAAUCCGAUGCUAUGGCUAAGUUUUUUGCUCUCUCCACUGGCAAAAAAUGGGUGCAGUCAGAUGUUCUUGUGUGCAGAGACUCUGGUUGUUAAUGGGUUUGUGCCUUUGGUUCACAUGACCCCAUGUACCUAAGCUCUUAUAAACUACCUGUUAUAUUUGCCUGAUGUAUGUAUUUCUUCAAAACUAAUCUGUAAUUAAUUUUCCUUUUUCGUUUUUCUUUUUGAACCCUCUCUUUGUGGUUACUGGGUUGGGCUUUGCUUGAAUAACUAUGCAUACUACAUAAAAUUUUUAGCACUUCUAAGCCGUGUCUGUAAUCUAUUGCUCUGUUCUCCGUUUUUUUUAAUUAUAUUCCCACCUGUAAAGACUCAAAAACACUGUAUGUUUAGCUAAUUUAUCAAUGUGCAGAUUUUAAGUUGUUGGGUGA